UGCAGCGGGCAGCCCCAGGCUGGCACAGGCUCGAUCGCAUCAGCAGUCGUCGACGGAACAAGAGGCGAUGGCACAGGACGGCCGCGCCCGCGAGAGCUCCAGCAAGGCGGCGUCGGCUGGCAGCGGCGGCUGCUCCAUGCCGUUCAGGCUCAACGUGCACGCGCGGGAGUUCGUCCCGGUGGCCAGCCCUUUGGCGGCGGCCGCCGCCGGCGGCGGCUACUAUUCUCCGUUCGUGCAGCUUUCCGGCGAUGGCGGGCUGGGCACGGACUGGAUGAACUUCUUUGCCGAGCCGGACCCCACGUCGCCGUCGUCCUUCCUGCCGGACUUUGGACACUGCGACAUCCUCAGAGCUACCGGCGGCAUCAAUGGCUACCCUAACCCCAAAGGCGGCGCAAGUGUGGCCGACAUCGCAGAUAAGAUUGUCAAGCAGGUCGAGUACCAAUUCAGUGACACGAACUUGGUUGCGAACGAUUUUCUGACAAAGAUCAUGAACAAGGAUCCCGAGGGCUAUGUCCCUUUGUCUGUCAUAUCAUCCUGGAAGAAGAUCAAGGCCAUGGGGGUAACAAGCCAGCUGCUGGUCAUGGCUCUCCGGACCUCGGACAAGCUCGUUGUCAGCGACGACGGCAGGAAGGUGCGGCGGGCGCAGCCAUUCACCGAGCGACACAAAGAAGAGCUGCAGUGCCGGAUGGUCAUCGCCGAGAACUUGCCGCAGGAUUCCACGAGAAACAGCCUCGAGAAGAUCUUCGGCGUCAUCGGCAGCGUGAAAAACAUCAGAAUCUGCCAUCCGCAAGAACCCGGCUCUGCAAGAUCAUCACCUAGGUCGUCAGACACAAACACACCAGCCAGUAACAAGCUGCAUGCGCUUAUAGAGUACGAGACCUCGCACCAAGCCGACAGAGCAGUGGACAAGCUGAACGACGAAAGGAACUGGAGGAAGGGCCUCCGCGUGCGCCCCGUGCUGCGACGAUCGCCCAAGACGGUGGCACGGAUGAAGCGGCCGGACUUGGACCACCACGUCGCCGCCUCCGACGAGGAGCGUGUCUCCACGUCCGACUCCCCGACGGCGACAGCGGCAGCGCACCCUCCUGACAACACUCAGCAGCAGCAGGAGGAGGAGGAGGAGGACCAGCACCAGCACCAGCACGGCGGCGCCAAGAAGCCGUGGGGCAGCAGAGGGCGGGGCAGGCCGCCGCCGCACUCCUCCGCGCACUCUGCUGGCGCGCCCGGGCAUUCGGUGGACAGCCUCGCGGCGAGCCCCCGGCACGCGGCGCAGGGGCCUAGGAUGCCCGACGGCACGCGCGGGUUCACCAUGGGCCGCGGGAGGCCGGCGCCGCCUGCCGCGCCGUCGGCUGCUGCUGCCGUCCGGGUCGUGUAGGUCGGUCGCCGGUUCCGCCGUACGUGGUGGCGUCUGACUGACCGGGCAGAUGUCCCUUCUUGAUUUUUAUUUGUUUUGUUUUGAGGGAGAGGAUGAAAGUGCAGUGUCUUGUCUCUCUCUAUCUCUCUUUUUUCCUUUCUUUCUUUCUUGAAUAAACUGUUUUGAUUUUUUUAAUAAGGAAUAAUACGUGAUAAAGUUGCAUUA